AGAGGCUCCAAAACCGGAGAAUCUCCCUCCCGCCAUUGUUUCUCACCUCUACCUCACUUUCUCGCUGUGUCUCCAGAAAACGUAACAAACAAUGGCGGCGGCGGAGGAGACCGCAAAAGACGAUACCAAAAUACACGUCAAUCAACUGCCAUUGCCAUCGCAGCUGGCCGUAUCGCGGUUGUCCGUUGACGGAGAGGAUCUAAUCGAAGAGCAGAGAGUGGAGUUCCCGUUGUUCAGGCCGACGUCACAGAGGAGCGAGAACUCGUGGAUCAUCUCUCUUUUCGUGAUCAUCCACCUGGUCGUCUUCGCCGCCACCAUGAUCGUCAACGACUGCUGGCACAACUCUCACGGAGACUGCGCCAUCAAACCGCUCGGAAGGUUAUCCUUUCAGCCCCUCGCUGAGAAUCCCUUGCUUGGGCCCUCUGCGUCUGCACUGGAUAAUGUUGGCGCUAUUCGGCAGACAUUAUUCACUGAUCAUCACCAGUUCUGGCGUGUUUUAACAAGUCCAUGGUUGCAUGCUGGGCUUGUCCACAUUAUCAUCAACUUGUGCAGUGUAGUCUUUGUUGGAAUUCACUUGGAGCAAGAGUUCGGAUCACUAAGGAUUGGAGUUACCUACAUACUCUCAGGUGUUACUGCUACCUUGCUGGCUGCACUCUUUGUUACAGAUAACUCAUCAGUUACUUCAUCCAGUGCAUUAUUUGGAUUGCUUGGUAUGAUGCUGUCUGGGCUCAUUAGGUAUUGGAAACAUUACACUAAAAAGCUUGCAGCUAUUCUGCUAUUUUUAAUCAUCUUGAUGAUUAAUCUCAUCCUCGGCCUGGUACCAUACAUCAACAACAUUUCCAAUGUUGGAGGAUUUAUAUCAGGAUUCCUUAUUGGGUUUGUGCUACUAUUCGAACCUCAACUUGACCGUAUCGCUCAAAAGAAAGGAGGUUUAUUUGAGUAUGAUCUCAAGCACAAAGUUCAAAAGAAGCAGAAGUGGGAUAGGCCAGUUCUGAGGGGUGUUUCUCUUGCCAUCCUCGUGUUUAUAUUUGCAGGAGUUUCUAUAGCAGUUCUGCGUGGCACAAAUGUGAGCAAGUAUUGUAGCUGGUGUCAAUGCAUAGAUUGCAUUCCAUCCAAAUGGUGGAUCUGUGCAGACAAAGCGAAGCACUGCGAGGCCAUGAUCUACUCAGACCAGUUGACCUUGACUUGCACAGACAAUGGAAAUUACAGAGUUCUUCCCUACACUGACAUCUCUCCGGGAAGGAUGGAGGACUUGUGCAGUCUCAUAUGCUCUUAGAUGGUAAUAUGCAUUACACA